AUGUUUGACUUAGACACAUUUAACUCUGUUCUUUUUAAUGACGACUCAGGUGUUCUUUACGCCAUUUGUUCUAACCUCAUUUACAACAUUGAAGACAAAGAAUGCUUACGAAACGCAAAGAUUGUCACCGACUAUUACCGACUUCAUGGAAAACUUCCUCAGCUCUUUUGGUGGGCUUUUCGUCGACAAAUUAUGAUCAAUGAUAAAGGCGAACUCUUGUUUAGCGACGAUGGCUUUUUCACGACUUUCUUCUAUUCUUUUUGUAAAACGUUUUUCAACGAAUUUUAUUCUCAGGUCAUUGAAUUUAUGGCGUCACAAGAAAGUUUAUUUGACCAGAUUGAUAUCGACAUCUUGACGACAUAUAGUUCCGACAUUUCCGAUGAAAACUUAAAGAAGUACAACCAAUCGUUGUGCAAUUUGUCUACCAUUAUCAAAAAGGGAUUGGACUUCAGAAAUUCAGUGAACGCAUCGUUUCCACCAAUCCUUAUUUCUGUUUUAAAAACCAUUUUUGAGAAAGUUAAUACAUUAGUGCAGGACAGUGAAAAUAUCAUAUGUCUUCGUCUUUUCAACACAAUGGUACGCAACGGAUUUACUCGACUUAUUAAAGACCGUGACUUCCUUGAUAUUAUCUUUAAAGAAAAACCAAGCCUAAAAAACUAUGAGAAAAAGAUUGCCUUCAUCGUCAACUUGACUCCUCGCAUAUUCUGCGAUAAAUCAGAAGACUCCGACUACAUCGCAAAACAACUCACUAACAGUCUAAAGGGCGCAGAUGUCGACAAUCGUGAGCUUUACUCGAACUUGAUGAAAUUGGUCGACGUCAAAGACGAUUUUAAAACACCGAAAGACGACGUUAUCACGGAGAUGAUUGUUCUCAUGAAAACGAAUUCCCUUCCAAUGAAGAAGGAUGUUCCGUCCGAUGUUGUGUUCAAGUUAUAUCAGGCAUUGGAGUUUGAAAGAAGUAACAUCGACGAUUAUUUGGUUUACGAGAAGCUUAUUGGGACGUUUCAACACUUUGUCCACGAUUAUUAUGUCAGCCUUUAUAAGAUGUUGGCAAGGUCUGACAAUUACGAGGACCAAUUUUACUCCUUAAGACAACAGGUCGUUCUGGCAAACAUCGAGUUGAGAGAAAAGAGAUUGAAAAAUGAGAACUUGAAAACGUGCUUACGGCAAGCUGCCCUCAAAGGCAAAGACUUUUCUUUUUCGACGGACGUUGUGCUUGACCCGGUCGUUCCGUCACCACGAAAAUCUCAGAAGAAAAAACACAGUUUGAGUCAAUCUUUUGAAUCUUUUGAGAAAAAACAGAACGACACGUUAGAUAAGCUGAAAGAAAUCCACAAACAGCGGCUGGAAACAUUUAAAAAGAAGAAAGACCAAGUCAAAUCCGAGUGGAAGUCCAACUGGAAAGUAUGCAAAGAGUCUAUCAAGAAUGAAGCAAACGAGAUCAAAGAAAAGAAGAAGCGCGCGAAAGACGAAAAACGCGAGAAGAAAGAGAGAAAGAAAUUGAAGAACAAGGAAACAACAGAGAAAGACACAUCAACAGUAUCUUCAAACUCCGAUGAAGUGACUUUCAGUGUUUAA